AUGAGGUCGACGGCAUUGUUUAAGGGAGUCAUUUGUGGCGAACAAGAGCUAAAUAAGGAACUCGAAGAACAAUCUUUGGAUGGCCGAAGCUCAUACAGCAUCACCGGCGAUAUUCUUCCAUCCCUCGGUGCACACGUCAAUCGUAGAAUCAAGCUUCGCUCCUAUAUUAUUUCUCCUUUCAAUUCUAACUACAGAAUCUGGGAGAUUUUUUUGGCACUACUUGUUUUCUACACGGCAUGGGUAUCUCCAUUUGAAUUCGGAUUUCUAGAAUAUCCAGACGGACUCCUCUCCAUCGUUGAUAAUAUUGUCAACCUGUUUUUUACAAUUGACAUUAUAUUGACAUUUUUUGUGGCAUACCUUGACAAAAGCACUUUUAUUCUUAUUGAUGAGCCUAAGAAGAUUGCUUGGAGAUAUACCAAAACUUGGCUUGUGCUUGAUGUCAUUUCAACAAUUCCUCCUGAAUUUUUUAGGCGUAUUUUUCCUAAUUCACUUAAAUCUUUUGGUUACUUUAAUAUGCUUAGGCUAUGGCGUCUUCGUCGAGUUAGUUCCAUGUUUGCAAGAAUGGAGAAAGAUCGACACAUCAGCUAUUUUUUGGUCAGAUCUGCAAAACUUAUUUGUGUAACUCUUUUUGCAGUUCACUGUGCGGGUUGCUUUUACUAUCUUAUAGCUGCUCGUUACAAGGACCCCAAAAGGACCUGGAUCACUCUGACCUUGGGGGAUGACUUUGCUCAACAGAGCUUAUGGCUUCGCUACAUAACAACAAUGUAUUGGUCUAUCACCACUCUUUCAACAACCGGAUAUGGUGAUCUACAUCCUGUUAACACACCCGAGAUGAUAUUUGACACUUGUUACAUGCUCUUUGACCUUGGACUCACUUCUUAUCUCAUUGGAAACAUGACUAACUUGGUUGUCCACAGCAGCAGUCGAACAAGAGAGUUUAGGGAUACUAUUCAAGCUGCAUCGAGUUUUGCACAAAGGAAUCAACUACCUAACAAUUUGCAAGAACAAAUGCUUUCCCAUUUGUGUUUGAGAUUUAAAGCCGACUCUGAAGGGCUGCAACAACAAGAGAUUAUUGAUGCACUUCCUAAAGCUAUUCAGUCAAGUAUUUCGCGCCAUUUGUUUUAUCCGGUGGUUGAGAAGGUCUACUUGUUCAAUGGGGUGUCAAAUGACUUACUCUGUCAAUUGGUCUCAGAAAUGAAAGCAGAGUACUUUCCUCCCAAAGAAGAUGUAAUUUUGCAAAAUGAAGCUCCCAGUGACUUCUACAUUAUGGUUAUUGGAACAGCAGAUCUCAUCACACGGAAAAAUGGAGUAGAACAUGUUGUUGGAGAGAUCAAGGCAGGAGAUGUCUUUGGUGAAGUUGGUGUCCUAUGCUAUAGGCCACAACUAUUCACAGUUCGUACAAAAAGACUCAGUCAACUUCUAAGGUUAAACCGUACUGCAUUUUUAAACCUUAUUCAAGCAAAUGUUGGAGAUGGAACAGUUAUCAUGAACAAUCUUCUUCAGCAUUUGAAACAGAGGCCAGAACCAGAGAUGCAAGAAAUAUUAUUUGAUACAGAGCAUAUGGUGGCCCAUGGAAGGAUGGAUUUGCCUCUUACCCUAUGUUUUGCAGCAGCAAGAGGAGAUGACAAGCUGUUGCUACAGUUGCUGAAACGAAAUAUUGAUCCAAAUGAGUUGGAUAACAAUGGCCGUACUGCUCUUCACGUGGCCGCAGCUGAAGGAAGUCGUGAUUGUCUGGUUCUACUUUUAGAUUAUGGAGCAGAUCCCAACAGGAAAGAUACUGAAGGAAAUGUCCCACUUUGGGAUGCAAUUGUGGGAAGAUGUGAAUCUGUGAUUAAACUGCUCGUAGACAACGGAGCCAAGUUAUCAACUGGUGAUGUGGGUGAAUACGCAUGCUUAGCCGUUGAGCAAAACCGUCUAGACUUAUUGAAGGACAUAGUCCAUUAUGGCGGUGAUGUGACUUUGCUAAACAGUCUUGGCACAACCGCACUUCAUACUGCUAUAUCUGAAGACAAUUUUGAGAUUGUAAAGUUUUUACUAGAACAAGGAGCAGAUGCUGACCAUCAAGAUGUGUACGGUUGGACUCCAAGGGGUAUUGCUAACUUUCAGGCUACGGAUCAAAUAAAAUCUCUUGUACAAUCCAUAAAAGAGAAGGAAAAUAAGACCUCCCUUGAUUUUGUUCCCGACCCUAAAGCUGUAGUACCAUCAUAUCUGGUGAGAUACCACAGCGAGUCAGCAAUGGAUAAAUUUACAUCCGAAGAAGACACAUCUCAAAAGAAAGCUUCUCGAAUACAAGAAAAAGGAAACACUUAUAACAAUUCAGUGUUUGGAAUACUGUCCGCCGCCAAUAGGCCAACUAACGAGAGAAGAAGUUUUCGAUCUAGUAGUAGACGGUGUCCUGAUGAUAAUUCUUGGCAUUCGAGCCACACCACCGUUAAAAGGGUGACGAUCAUUUGUCCUGAAAAGGCAGAACAUCGAGGAAGGAUGAUAUCUUUACCAAAUUCUCUUCAAGAGCUGCUUGACAUUGGCUCUCAGAAAUUUGGAGUAACCCUCACCAAAGUUUUAACAGCAGAUGGAGCAUUAAUUGAAGAUAUCGCGCUCAUUCGAGACGAAGAUCACUUAUCCCUGGCUAUUUAG